AUGUCUUUGAGUUCAGGUUAUUGGCCCAUCCUUCAUCGCUCAAAUCCAUGGAAGGGGCAAUUGGGUGUCUCCUCGUCCAAGCCGAUCCCGAUGAUGCGACACUUAAGCACACCUUCCAAUCAUCGGGCCACUAUAUCAAAGUCUGUGUCGGAGAAACCGCAGAAAACUGGAACGGCAGGAUACCUUCUGGCAAAGGCGGACGAUUUGGUGAACUGGGGGCGACAAGGAUCGCUAUGGCCUCUAUCGUUCGGUCUUGCAUGCUGUGGAAUUGAAAUGAUGCAUACGUCAAUGCCGCGUUACGACCAGGAUCGACUGGGUAUUAUCUUCCGUGCUUCGCCCCGACAAGCGGAUGUCAUGAUCGUGGCCGGUACAGUUGUCAACAAGAUGGCUCCAGCAUUGAGGCUAUUAUAUGAUCAAAUGCCGGAACCGCGAUGGGUGAUUAGCAUGGGUAGUUGCGCCAAUGGUGGAGGAUACUAUCACUACAGCUACAGUGUGGUACGGGGCGUAGACCGCAUUGUGCCUGUCGACAUCUAUGUGCCUGGAUGUCCACCAACUGCAGAGGCUCUUCUGCAGGGUCUUUUUCUCCUUCAGAAAAAGAUGCGGAGGACACAGGUGACGCGAAUGUGGUAUAGGCGCUGA